CGGCGUUCUCCCGUGGGGCCGAGAGGCAGGCCCCGGCCCGUGGCCGCCAUGGACGGGGGUGCCCAUUCAGCUCUGUGGACUGAGAGGCCCUAAGAUUCCGCUGACACAGCCCCAUCACCGCGACAGCGCUGACGGCCGCGAGCCCAGAUGCUGGGGGCUCACGUGGAGGCCGAGCCGCCCACAGACCCCGGCUGCCCCGAGGACCCCCAGGCCGGGGCCGACCCCGGGGAGACGGCCGAGGAGGUGCUGCGGUUACGGCGGCAGGUGGCCGGGCUCUGCCAGCAGCUCCAGUCACAGCAGGACCGCUGGACCGCCAUCCUCCACGACCUGCGGGCGCAGAUGGACGCCCUGAAGGAGCAGAGCCCGGGGCUGCGGGGGCCCGACGCCAGGACAUCCGGGGCCUCCCCUCGGCCGCGGAGGGAGCCCGACACUCCGGCAGCGAAACCCGCUUGUGGAAGAAGGUCCCCUCUGCCGGGCGGUGAGGACACAACGAGGAGACACGCUGCCCGAAGCCGCAGCGCCCCUCUCCUCGGGCGGCCACUGUCACCCCGGAGUGCGCCUUCCUCCCAGCCGGUGAACAUAAAGGUGGAAAGAAUCGAUUCAGGGAAAAUGGUGUCCUAUGAAGACGGAGACAAGACCGUGUCCAUCCGCCUUCAGAUCCGAAAGGCCGCGCCUGCCGGGCCGGGGCUCCGCGCGGAGGGGAAGCCGGCUCCGCGGGCGGUCGCAAAGAAUCUUCCCGUAGAACCAGCCUCUUCCCCGCACACAGCACAGCCCACGGGCAAGGAGACAGAGCAGGAGGGAGGAGUCGCCCGGCGCCCGGCCGGCCAGGUCUCCGCGAAGGUGGACGGGACGCGCGGCGCGGUCUGCGGAAGCUCCGAGGACGAGGGUCUCAGGACCACGAUCCUGCGGUUCUCCAACGGGGACGUGAAGAAGACCCUGCCGGACAACAGAGUGGUCUACUACUGCGCCAGCACGGGGACGACGCGCACCACCCACCCCGGCGGCCUGGUGGUCGUGCGCUUUCCCGACAAGCGGACAGAGAAAUUCUACCCCGACGGCUCGAAGGAAAUCUUGUUCCCGGACGGGACAGUGACACGUCUUCAUGACGGACGAGAGGAGACCGUGUUUCCUGACGGGACGUUGGUCAGUGUGGCCAGGAACGGCGAUAAGACCAUCGUGUUCAGCAACGGGCAGCGGGACGUCCACACGGCCGAGUUCAAGCGGCGGGAGUACGCCGACGGCACCGUCAGGACGGUGUACUGCGAUGGCCGCCAGGAGAUCAAGCUCGCGUCCGGGAGGGUGAAGGUCAGAGGCGAGACCGGGAGCCGUGUCCUGGGCCUGAAGUAGGCCACCCGCGAACACGGCGCGGGCGUCGCCGUCCGUCGCCGUUUUGUUAAAACAGACACAGCGAAAGGAUGACACGGUCACGGCCCCCAGUGAUGGCCACACACGAACUUCCGGACUCCCCACGGCUCUGGAGGUUGUGGAGGAAGAGACGCCGUGUCUGGUGUCCUGGUUAGAAAAGCGUGAGGCCCACACCAGCCAGCGGCCAGGACGCCCAGGAGGCCGCAGGCCGGCUCCGUGGACCCUGUGGCCUCGCGCACGCGGCGCCCUGUCCUCAGUCACUCAGUGGGCUCGGCCCUCACGGUUUUCCCCUCCAUCCGUGCUCAGCUUUCCCGGGCGCUCGGCUUUCUCGUGGCCCCGGGGGUUCUUGCCUGCUUCUGCAGAUGGACACACGUGUCUCCGUAAACAGACACAGGAGGAAGGAAACCACACCCCUCCUUACUAAAGGGAAUAAAUCAGACGGCUCCUAUCACA